UGCUUUCAAGUUGCAUAGAUAUCCUGGAUGGGCGAAGAAAGAAAACAUUUAAACUUUGUUUUGUUUUGUUUUGUUUUUUGAAAAUUUGAUCCAUUUUCUCUUAAAGCAGAGAAAGACCAAGAGGAGGACAACGGUGGAAAAAUGCAAACGGUUUUAAUGGAAGUUCAUCCGCACAAAGGAUCGCGGGUAAAUGACAAAAAUGUUGCGUCCCAAGCUGAUGGACAAGGUUCCGUUGAGUUAAUCGCUCGGCUUCAGCAGAUGCAACACGAUGCAAGCAAAGUCAACGACAAGACAGACCUAAAAACUGAGUUGAAGAAAAUUGCUUCAGACAAGGGCUUCAGAAUUGUUGACAAUGAAGGAUCCGGAAAUUGCAUGUUCUAUGCUUUGUCAGAUCAACUGGAAAUUGCUAUGAGAAUCAAAAUCAAGCAUGACGAAUUGAGACAAAUAUUGGUCCAGUACCUCAGAAAAAACCCAAAACUA